AGGGGGAGGAGCGGCAGUUCCUGCUCUCCUCUGGUCGCCUGCUUCUGGCCGGGAGCCAGAAAGUGGUGCUUAUGGUGGUGGCUGCCAAGAAGCUCGUGAGCCGGCUGCAGGUUGCGCCCAAAUCCCACUUCGACGAAACCGUGCUCUCUGUGGUGUACACCUCGGAGCCCAUCGAGGUCUCCAAGCUGGAGGAGACCUUCAGCAAGCUGAGGGAGUCAGCCAAGAAAGAGAUGCUGGAGGUGAUGCAGAUGGGGGUGGAAGAUCUGUUCCAGGAGCACCAACAGACCUGGUCAGACCUCUUCAUUUCAGGGGUUGAAAUGAGAAAGAUCACAGAUUCGCAUACACCAUCCAGUGAGACUGUUAACAUGACCCUCUACUACGUGCUGUCAAGCAUGCCAGCUCCUCUGCUAGAUCCGCUCAUUAGUGGUGAGGACAGAGAAAAAAUGGAAGCCAGCUUGAACUAUGCUGACCACUGCUUCAGUGGCCACGCGACCAUGCAUGCAGAGAACCUGUGGCCAGCAAAGCUGACCAGUGUCGCCCAGAUCUUGCAGCUGUCUGACCUGUGGAAGCUGACUCUCCAGAAACGAGGAUGCAAGGGUCUUGUGGCAGCUGGAGUCCAUGGACUUAUGCAGGGAAUGGUGCUUAGUUUUGGGGGUCUGCAGUUCACAGAAAACCAUCUUCAGUUUCAGGCUGACCCUGAUGUACUUCAUAACAGCUAUUCCUUACGUGGGAUCCAUUACAAUAAGGACUUGAUUAAUCUAGCUGUUCUGUUGGAUGCUGAAGGAAAGCCCUUCUUGCAUGUGUCUGUGAAAUUCCAAGACAAGCCAGUUAGACUAUACGCAUGUGAGGCAGGCUGUAUGAAUGAGCCUGUGGAGCUGACCUCGGAGGCACGAGGACAUACGUUUCCUGUCAUGGUGACUCAACCCAUCACACCAUUGCUUUAUAUAUCAACAGAUUUGAUCCACUUGCAGGACCUGAGACACACACUUCAUUUAAAAGCUAUUCUGGCUCAUGAGGAACACAUGGCCAAGCAAUACCCAGGCUUACCCUUCCUGUUCUGGUUCAGCGUGGCCUCCUUAAUCACACUGUUUCACUUGUUUCUGUUCAAACUCAUCUACAACGAAUAUUGCGGGCCAGGAGCCAAGCCACUCUUCAGGAGUAAGAAUGACUUGUUAACCAUUACUGCAGGUAACUGUCCCUGACACUAUUCUCUGAAAUGCCGGGAAGCUUCACAGCUACACUCCAGGGCUGAUAUAACACCUCUUCCUUCUUGACACUGCAAAAAGCCUUGCAAUAUUGCAAUAUUCAGCAAACAAGUCUGUUGCCUCAUCUUAAUUGGAUCUACUUAAAAUGAAGAUGAUGCAGAACUUGAUUCCAGAAACAGGGAUGAAGUGGAAGCCAGCUGGAGCUCAAAAUCUCUGUAGCAGUAAGCAAGAUUAAUGGUGUUGAAAUAACACCCUGUUUCAUUAAUUGAAUGGGAACAUCCCAGCGUCCAAGUGAACUUAGUCCUGCUUUCAGCCUCCAUUUGCACAAGACAUCUGAUAAUUUUGCAGCUGAGAACAAGGACCUUUUGAAAGCAACAAUCCUUUUGUGCCUUGUUAACGAGAGGAAUCUGAGACUUGGAAGGUGUGGUUAUUCAAGAGUUUAUCCCAGAAGCUUCUCUAACAGAUGUUUCUUUUUCCUUGUAAGCUGUUCAGUUCCCUAAGAGUAAUCCACUUGGUGGAAGUACUUGAAGAUAUACAAAGUCCUUUGAUAUUUUGAUUUGUUUUUUAACAUUACAGGAAGAUAAGAAUGAUGGUUCCCUUCAGAGAGUUAACUAGAAAACUUGAGUGUCACCUCCUUUCUGGUAUACCUUUUUUAAUUUAUUGCUUGGGGGGAGGAUGUUAAUAAUUUUGCCUCCACUUCAGUAACAAGUCAGUCAACUGAACUGUAGACAUCAGUGCUGGCAACAGGUUUUUCAGCCUUUGUGAUUGUGGAGUACAAAACCAAUUUAAUGACAUUUUUUUCUGGAUUUAAACUUGGAAAUGCUGAUCUGCAGGUUUCCUAUUCUAAGCAGUGCAUUGAUUUGUUUUGGCCGUGGGGGGAGACAUCCCACUUUCUAGUGAUUUAAAGGUUGUUUGGUUUUAAAAUACCAAAGCUGUUGUUUCUAA